AAGCUGAUAGCCCUCCGCAACGCAUUACGCACAACGGACAGCUGGAGACGCCGAGGCGCUCUCGCUUUGAUUUCGGCGCCUGCGCCCGCGCGGGGAGAGACUGGCUGAGGCCGCGGGACUGGGCGGUGAGCGCGUCACUUCCUGCCGCUGCCAGGCGCGUCCUCCCACGCGCUAUGACCCACCGUGCAGAGCCGCGGGGGCGGCGGCCCGGAGUCGGAGUAGGAGUCGUGGUGACCAGCUGCAAACAUCCGCGUUGCGUCCUCCUGGGGAAGAGGAAAGGCUCGGUUGGAGCCGGCAGUUUCCAACUCCUGGAGGUCCAUUUGGAGUUCGGUGAGACCUGGGAAGAAUGUGCUCAAAGGGAAACCUGGGAAGAAGCAGCUCUUCACCUGAAAAAUGUUCGCUUUGCCUCAGUUGUGAAUUCUUUCAUUGAGAAGGAGAAAUACCAUUAUGUUACUAUAUUAAUGAAAGGAGAAGUGGAUGUGACUCAUGAUUCAGAACCAAAGAAUGUAGAACCUGAAAAAAAUGAAAGUUGGGAGUGGGUUCCUUGGGAAGAAUUUCCUCCUCUGGACCAGCUUUUCUGGGGACUGCGUUGUUUAAAAGAACAAGGCUAUGAUCCAUUUAAAGAAGAUCUGAACCAUCUGGUGGGAUACAAAGGAAAUCAUCUCUAGGUAGCCAAGAAGAUUUCUUGAUUUUCUUUAAAAACACAGGAAUAAGGUCUGGUUAGGGAAUGAAAAAUGUCUACAUUGCAGAACAACUCCAUUUUAUCUAAAAAAGAUCUUGUGAUCGCCAAUUUAUUUGCAAUCUCUUAAUGUAUCCACCACCCUUUCAGCCAGUACUUGAGAAAAUUUUUCUGAAAUAUGUCAUUGAAUUGUAUUCCAGACACAGAAUAUAUGCUAUAUAGUGAUAUUAUGGGUAAUCUGCUUUCCAUAUUUACCUAUGAUAUUUACUGUACAGUUUGUCAUUACUAGCUUGCAUGGAGUAGGAUGCAGUCGAAUUUGCCUUAGUGUUUCUGUUCAAAUAGAGACCUGAAUUCAAAUAUUGUAGUUUAGGUUCAAACACAGUAUGCCUGUUGCAAAAUUUACCAAAUUUGUUGAUUACCUCUUUUAUUAAAGACAUGUUGGGGAGAGGGUAAUAAGUAUAUUGUGGCAAUCUUUGCAACUUACAGGGAAUAGGACAGGUCAUUAGGGUGUAUUUCCCAGGUUUCCAGUUGAGAACCUAAACCAAGAGAAGUGAGACAAACCAUCUAAUGUCUGUAUCCUCCUAUUAACAGGCUGUGUGAUGUUGAGUUUCUCACUUACUCUCUCUGAGGUCCAGGGUCCUUAUAUGUAAAAUGAAGAGAUUCGUCUAGAGCAGUGGUUCUUAAAGUGUGGUCGGGGGGGCCUCAAGAGCCUUUCAAGGGUAUUCUAGGUCAAAGCUGUUUUUAUAACACUUACCAUUUCAUCAUUUAUAGUUUUUCCUUUUUUUUUAUUUGAGAAGGAGUCUUGCUCUGUUGCAGUGGCACGAUCUCAGCUCAUUGCAGCCUCCGCCUCCUGGGUUCAAGCAAUUCUCCUACCUCAGCUUCCUGAGUAGCUGGGAUUACAGGCAUCCACUACCACACCUGGCUAAUUUUUGUAUUUUUAGUGGAGACGAUGCUUCACCAUGUUGGCCAGGCUGGUCUGGAACUCUGGAGCUCAAGUGAUCUGCCCACCUCAGCCUCCCAAAAUGCUUACAGGUGUGAGCCACCACGCCCGGCCAUCAUUUAUCUUUUUCACUCAUUUUUUCAUGAGUGUGCAGAGGAGUUUUUGAGAGGCUAUCUGGUGUGAUAUUAUAAUAGGCUGAAUGCAAAAGCAGAUAUGAGAAUCCAGCUUUCGUCUGUCAUCAGACAUUGAAGAAAUUUGGAGAAAUGUAAAGCAGCAGUACUCUUGUCACUAAUGAUUUUUGUUGUUGGUUAGAAAAAUGGUUAUUUUUAGUGGGUUUUAAUAUGUGAAAAAAAUAAAAAUAACUGUCAAAAAUGUUAUUUAUGUGUUUAUACAUAAUGGGAUUUUGUUACUUGUAAAUGGUUAAUAAAAAUUUGAAGAAAUUU